AUGGAGUUCUAUAGAGAAGGCUUUCUUAACAAAGCUGGAAAGGGCAUACAGGUAUAAUAUGUUAUAUUUUAUCAGUUCAAAUAACUAACGAAGCUAACACAAAUAUCGCUACUUGUAUUUGCAUUCCUGUGACAUAUUAGUAAAGUAGAUGUAGUAUCACUCGAUUGUCCAUUUGACAUUAACUAAACAUAAAAUGUUUGCCAUUUUCAUGUACAAACGUACACAAAUAGCUGUACGUUUAUCUUAGAUUUUUACAUUUAUGGACUAAAAUUCAUAUUAUGAUGAAAAACUAAUGCGUUUUUAUACUCUACGUAAUAAUAUCCCGUAAACACGGAAGUGUAGUGUGCCAUCUUCAUUGAUCUGUACUGACCAGUGGCCAUCUCGAAUUUACUAAUUUGUUGUGUCGAACUUUUAUGAACAUAAAACAUAGGCUUUUGUAUCAAAUUUUGGUAAAAUUAUACAUUUUAAACCCGGGCCACUUUGAGGUUUAAAUUCAGAAUACAUUGAGUACUUGAAAUUCAAUGUAUUGGUCACGUUUUUAAUUGUCUACUUGUAAUUAUUCAUUGGUUAUUAAGUAUUGAGUGUCAGUGCUCUCCCCUUGAUAAGAAAAAUCGUCUGGAGUUAGGCAGAGUAAAAUAAUAAAAUAGGGCACAUCAAAGUGAAAGUGCUCAAAAUUGCCAUGGUUUCACUUCACUUAUUGAACAUGUCAAACUACACAAUUUCCUGUCUGAACAAAUGGAGUCAGACCAAUUUUUGUAUGAUUUUGCAUGAAUUCAUCUGGUCUUGUGUGUUUUACUUUUCAGAAACACAUGCACAGCUGGCGACCAAGAUACUUUGUGCUAGAUGGCUGGCAGUUGAAAUACUACAAAUCAAAAGAAAUUUUGGUAAAAAAUAUUGUAGACAAAACAUUGUUUGCAUUUAUAGAUUUGUCUAAUUAAGCCUUGUAAUUAAGAACGUUUUAUUUUCUUACAGCCAGAGAAUAUGUUGGGUUCCAUUGAUGUGCCUGAGGUAAAUGUUUAAUUAAGUAACUAAUUAGAUAGUGAGUAAUUAGAAUGAUAAUUAUUAAUUGACUAAUGAAUUAGAACAGUAAUGACUUACUUAAUUAGAAUAAUAAUGAAUUGAUAAUCAAUUUAUAUUGCUCCUUAAUGGUUUUCAAAUAUUCUCUUCACAGAUAGAAUCUGUAAUUGCAAUGAAGAAUGAAAAAAAUGCAUUUCAAAUCACUACUAAUGCAUCAACAAAGAGAACAUACUAUAUGGUAGGUACCCCAGAAAUAUCUUAAUUGUAAUACUUAUAUAGUGGAAUAAUAUAGCCUGUGUGGCAGCACGCAUGUUAAGUGCAAUACUAUUUGCCAAAUAUUUUCUUCAACAUUUGGUUUAGUCUGGUAGAACUGAGGAUGAAAUACAAGGUUGGAUAAAAUGUCUACAAAUGGCAAAAGCAAAAUAUCUUGAAAAACAGAAAAAGUAAGCCUUGAUUUUCUUGCAUUGUGAUGUGCUGUAUUGAUGUGGUCUCUAUUUUGUUGUUUAGUAUUUUUCUUUGAGUGUCUAUUUCUACAAUAUUCUAAUAUAUUGUAUUUUUCUGUUACAGAAGUUCAAGUGAAGUGCCGGUCCAUAGUAUAUAUAAUGAAUUCAACUUUGCCACAGUAAACCAAUCCCCUCCCACCAAACCCACACGAUCCUUGAUUGUCUCGGGAACUGGCUUCCUGGAACCCUUACAGUCACCCACCUCCCCUGACACCCAACCCUCACAGUCACCCACCUCACCUGACACCCCUGGCUCACCCACCUCCAAAACCACGCCCAGUGCGAAACCAGUUUUAAGUGCCUACCAAAGUGUUCAUUUUCCGACCACGGUUGAUGAAGAAAAUCCCGAACAAAGCAAAGACAAAGAUGAAAUAUUGGAUGCAGACCCAACUUACGACAAAAUCGAUGAAAAAGCUGCAUCCAAGACAUCUGAGAAUUCUGAACCUGCCGCAGACCUCUACGAUACAGUUGAUACUAGUACCACCAAAACUUCCCCCACCCAAAAGAUGAGUAGGGCCUCAGAUCCCUUCCCCCAAGCUGCUGCACCCCCACCCCUUCCUGCACGAUUGCCUUCUAUGUCAGGUAUUGAUUUCAUGAUUUUAUGAUAUUCAGGAAAGAUCCAGUAAAUAACCUGGUUCACUAAGCACUAUUGUGCAGCAGAUGUUAAAUUCUUUGUAGUUUUAUAUAUGGUGGCAAAUGAAAACUCCCAAUCUGUCGAAAUGUCUAGAGGCAAGUGAAUUAACCAUUAAGCGCCAGAGUAAAAUAAUAAAGUAGGAGGCCACAGUACAACUCAAUAGGUUAAUCUAUUUCAAUUCUAUUUUUUACCACCAAAUACAAGACUUCACACACUUAAGCCCUGGGCAAACUAGGAAACAUUGAUGUGGAAACAUUGUUUCCUGCCAAUGUUUCGCCAUGUUUCCAAGAGUGGCAAACACUAGGAAACAUUAGUGAGAAACAUAGGGAAACAUCAAAUGUUUCUGAAUUCGCUAGGAAACAUUUUUGCUUCUCGGGAAGCAAAUUUUGUUUCCGCAACAAUGUUUCCACGGGUGGGCAAACAGGGAAACAUUUGAGGAAACAUCGAGAAUCACAAAUGUUUCCACAACAAUGUUUCCUAGUUUGCCCAGGGCUUUAUGUAACAUACAGGUAAUAUUCUCAUGUUUCGUGCGCGGGUCUUUAAUCUUCACCCCAAUCCCUUCUCAAACCCUACUGUGCACGAAACAUAAGGAUAUCACCCACACACACGAAAACGAGGCUGAUCUAGAACUAAAGUGAUGUGCUUCUCAGAAGCAUUAACAUAAUUUACUCACUCUGAUAACUGCAGGUUGACCUAGUACAUCUGCUGCACGACAGUACUGAGUGAGCAAUAGACCUCGUAUUAAUAGUUUAUUGUACGAUUAUCCAGAUUAUAUUUUUUUAUUGUUUUGACGUUUCGGCUACCUAUACGGCAACCAUUAUCAAAGACGUGUUGCAGUUACAAAUUUACAGUGAUAUUAAUUAAUUAUUAACAAUGGAAAAUUUUAAUCUGGAUGAUCGUACAAACCCUUCAAGCCCUUGAUUGAAUAGCUCGUAUUAAUUAAGUUCUGUUACUUUAGCUGAACUAAAUGGAACUGAUGAAGAGAAUAAGGAACCCGAAGAAGAUGAAAACCAAAGAAAACCAAGCGUAUGUCAAUCCGAAGACGUUGCGAGCCCAGGUACGGCUGUAAGUGAAAAACCCCAACCUGAGGAGAAAGUGUUUGGUUUGUAUGAUGAAGUUGAGAGCUCGAUUUCGAAUUCAGCAAAGACGGAUUUAGGAGGCCAAAAAUUGCAGCCAAGUGGAGACGCGAGCUUGUAUGAUGAAGUCCGGAACGCAGAUGCUGCUGAUACGAAGGAUUCUGGAAGCGAAAACACGAAAGCCCAGGCAGGAAACGCGUUUGAUUUAUAUGAUGAAGUUACGACGCCAAAUUUGGCCCCUGCAGCUGAUUCAGGAAGUGAAAUCUCGCAACCCCAAGGGGACGGGUUUGCCUUAUAUGAUGAAGUUGGCAACCAGGAUGGUCUCACUACAGGAGUUACAAAGGAGGAAGUGAAGAGUGCCCCUCUGGUACCUGACCCAACACACGUUUACGCAAAACCUCAAAAAUCAUCAUCCAUGAAGAGAGGGCCUUCAAAAAGGAGACUUAUGCCAGGUCUCAUGGAUGUUGGUGAGGUCGACAUCGAAAUUGAGGAAGAGGCAGCGGGCGGGAAAGAGACGCUGCAGCGAGGAAUGACCAAGCCACAAGGUGACCGUUUUGCCAUCGAAGAACUGAGGGUGGUCUUGGAUGAGUUUGACAAGGAGGGGAAUAACAAUGAGCAUGGGGAAAUGUUGCCUGAUUUUGAUGUCAACCAAAGUGAAAAUGCUUUUGAAGUAUUGAGAAUGUUUCUAGAGAAAUACGAGUGA